UUCUGGUCCGUUAUGUGCGAGCGGACGGAAAGCUCCACACCGUUAACCUGCAGAACCCGAACCUGGCGGACGGGCGGACUCACUCCAUCAUCCUGAGACUCGGCGGCCUUCAGCGAGACCACAUGCACAUGGAGCUCUACGUCAACUGCCGAUUGGCCGACUCCAGCCAGGGCCUGCCGCCAUUGGUCCCGCUGCCCAGAGACGCGGAGAUGGUGGAGAUCAGACACGGACAGAAGGCCUACGCUCGACUGCAGGGUGCGGUGGAGUCCCUCAGACUGGCUCUAGGCGGCACUGUUGCUAAAGCUGGAUCUCUGACCGACUGUCCCUUCCAAGGAGACUCUUCAGCCUACAACUCAG